UGAGUCAUUGACAGUUAAUUAAAAUAAACUCCGACUAACCGUCAAUGUUGAUCGCAGUAUCUAAAUUGUGAUCAUUAUAAAUUCUAUACAAUUACAUAUACAUCUGUUUUUAACACUUUACAAGGUAUGCAUGAAAUUAGGGCUUCGGCAAAAUCCAAUCUCACGAAUAUAAACAAGUACAAACAAAACGGAGAGAACCAAAGUUACAAUCGGCAGUUAAUUCGUAACACGAAAAACAUUGAUAAUUUCUUCCCGGCCGAAGUAGUGGCCGGUGGACUAAUUGUAAAACGUUCUAAACCGAUAAAACACUACCCGCCAGGAUGCAGCUACGAAGGCGAAUGGAUGUUUCUCCACACUUGGGAGGGACAAGGACGAUAUGUAUUUCCUCACGGUGUUACGUAUGAGGGAGAUUUUGAGGAUUCGCAAUUUCACGGGAAGGGCAUUCUUAGGUACCCGAUGGGGCAAACUUUGAAGAGCGAGUGGUCGCACGGAAAAAUGACCAAGUGGAGCUACGUCUUCAAAGAUGGUUUAGAAUAUCACGAUCCCUGGGAAUAUUGCUUGUUUCCUAAACGCGCUUACAUCUCAACUGUUCGGGCAGGUGUAUUUAAACCACCGGGGCAAGAAAGAGUCACAAAUAAAAUGCCGCCGCGACCGAUUCCGCCGGGUUGCUUUGAUGUUGGUGAGGGAUUUUACAAACCGAAAUUAUCAGGCAUAGUCAGUGCAAACGAAACGAACCAAAUUAAAAGAAUACCUACUGAGGUUGAAGCAGAUUGGAUUAAGAAACAUUGCAGAAACGCGGAAGAAGGUCCCGUGGGAUACAGACCCGAUUUAUACGAAUAUUGGUGUACAGGAACUGCUGAAUCAGUGGCAGCAAUACUUAAGCAGAUUAAGGCUGAGAAAUGGAGAGAAGUUAGAGGAGAACAUAAAGAAUGAUCGCUGCUUGUAUAAUAAAUGUAAAAUCACAGAAUAUGCUUUUCCAAUAAUAAAAAUAAAUAAAUAAA